GGUUCCUCGGCUCCACCGUUCCACCACUCGCGUCUCGUAUUCGCGUCUGCUUUCCCCGCUCCACUUCGAUCUCCUCAAAUCACGCGGCAGGGGAGUACGUGGUUCGAGUGCGAGCUAGUGGGAGGUUACUGAAUGAGCCAGCAGCAUAUCAGUGGAGGAAGGCGACGCUGGAGAAUGGCUGGGAGAGACAAACGGAGCUGAGCUCAAGCCGCUUCGGGAUCUCCAUCUUUAGUCGUCCAAGAACUGAGUGCUCCCGGCUCCUACAUUUGCCUUCUUUGGCACCAAUAGAUUGGUCGAGAGCAGGCUGUGGGUUCUUGGUGGCUGGAAUCCUUUCGAUUGCAGACAAGUUGCAGGUUUCUUCAGGUUCUUGAAAUUGGUUGGCUUGCAGGGUCCCUACUUCUUGGAGCUUGCUCGUUUCUAAGAAUUUUUUUAAUCCUGAAAACUUGUUUCAGUUUCACCAUUUUUGUGGGGGAAUAAUCAUCUAGAGGUGGCCAGACGUUUCUCGGUGGUUGAGCUCUGGUGAUGCUAAAGUUCGAUGAUGGAGGUAGCUGAUAAGACUGUGGAGCCAAAGGGCCCUUCGGUGGCCACUGCUCAGCUGCCAAAUAAUGUAGAGUUGCUUAAAUCAGUUGUGCUGAAUCCAUCAGGGGAAGUGGGGAGUCCACAGAAGCAGCAUGAGAAAGAUCUGUUGGCAGAAGGUGAGGAGAGCUUCCGGAGCGAGGACUCAUCAGAUGAGUGCGGUCGGAGUUCAUUCUCUGGGGUCAGCCACCCCCCGGAGCCAAUUGAUGUGGAUCUUAUGAGCACGGUGUAUGUUGCAAUCGACGAGGAGAAGCCUGAGCCGCCGGAGUGCUUGAUGCGAGGUCUACCGGCUAAAGGAGCAUCCAUGGAGGACCUCUCAGUCCAUGCCAUGGUUGCAAAGCCUGAUGUGAUUGUUGGCACGCACAAUGUCAAUGGAUUGGUUGAAGAGAGGAAGGUGAACGGUGCUGUGGUAGGACCAUGCCAUGUAGCCCAUGUUCCAGAGCAUGUCGAAACUGUUUCGUCAACUCAGGCCUCGGAGGAGAAGGACUUCGUCUGGGAUGCCUCCUUCCCUCCCAGCGGCAAUGUCAGCCCUCACAGUAGCAGUGAUAGCACUGGGGUGGUUGCUGCCACAAGCAUCAGGGAAAGCUCCACUAGCACAUGUAGAAGUGGAGUUCUAACUAGUGAAUCCAUUCUUAAUGUGGAGAAGACAUCUGAGAGUACAAAGGGUAGCGCUCGAGGUAACUCAAUGGAAAGCACAAAGACCAGCAUGAGUCGGGCGAGUGAUAGUAGCGGCGUUAGUGACGACAGCAACUGGAGUAAUAUCACAGGAAGUGCUAACAAGCCUCACAAGGGCAAUGAUCCUAGAUGGAGAGCUAUUCUAGCCGUCCGGGGCCGAGGCAAUGUGCUUGGGAUGAGCCAUUUUAGAUUGCUCAAGCGUCUUGGCUGUGGCGACAUUGGCAGCGUCUACCUCUCAGAGUUGAGUGGGACAAGGUGCUACUUUGCAAUGAAAGUAAUGGACAAGGCUUCCUUAGCAAGCCGAAAGAAGUUGAACAGAGCUCAAACCGAAAGGGAAAUUCUGCAGCUUUUGGAUCAUCCAUUCCUUCCUACUCUGUAUACACACUUUGAGACAGACAGGUUCUCAUGUCUAGUAAUGGAAUUCUGUCCUGGUGGUGAUCUGCACACGCUGCGGCAGCGACAACCGCGGAAGCACUUCUCUGAGUAUGCAGCAAGGUUUUAUGCCGCUGAAGUGCUCCUAGCUCUGGAGUACCUGCACAUGCUGGGCGUCGUCUACAGGGACCUGAAGCCGGAGAACGUCCUGGUGCGCGACGACGGCCACAUCAUGCUCUCCGACUUCGACCUCUCGCUGCGUUGCACGGUGUCGCCGACGCUCAUCAGAGCGUCGGCGUCGGAGUCCGAUCCCAGGAGAGCCGGCGGCUCGUUCUGCGUGCAGCCAGCCUGCAUUGAGCCUUCUUCAGUCUGCAUCCAGCCGGCGUGCUUCAUGCCCAGGCUGUUCGGCCAGAGGAGCAAGAGGCAGGGCAGGAAGCCGAGGUCCGAGCCUGGGCAGUGCAGCGCCGCCCUGCUGCCGGAGCUCGUCGCGGAGCCGACGGCGGCGCGGUCGAUGUCCUUCGUGGGGACGCACGAGUACCUGGCGCCGGAGAUCAUCAAGGGGGAAGGCCACGGCAGCGCCGUCGACUGGUGGACGUUCGGCAUCUUCCUGCACGAGCUCCUCUACGGCAAGACGCCGUUCAAGGGGUCGGGCAACCGCGCCACGCUCUUCAACGUGGUCGGCCAGCAGCUGCGGUUCCCGGAGUCGCCGUCGACGAGCUACGCGGGCCGGGACCUCAUCAGGGGCCUCCUGGUGAAGGAGCCGCAGCAGCGGCUGGGCGUGAAGCGGGGCGCCGCCGAGAUCAAGCAGCACCCCUUCUUCGAGGGCGUCAACUGGGCGCUCAUCCGGUGCAGCACGCCCCCCGAGGUGCCGAGGCACGUCGAGGCCGAGCUGCCGGCCAAGUACGGCGUGGCCGAGCCGGUGGCGGGCGGCGGCGGCAAGAGGGUGGUCGGCGCCGAGGUGAAAUCCGGCGGGAAGUACCUCGACUUCGAGUUCUUUUAGAUUAUUACAAUGAAAUUGCUGAAUCCCCAGCCUCACUCUCACUCGCGUGUGCAUUUUUUUAGAUUUGGUAUUGCAAAUUGCAUGUAGUGUUCCUGGAUUAGUGUAACCAGUGUUAGAUUUAGCGCGAUUUUAGUGUGCAAUGUAUCUAACACUUUGGGAACCAGGGAAAGAAAUCAUAUCAGAAC